AUGAGGAUCGGCGUCGCUUUCGUCGUCCUCGCCCUCGCCUCCUCGCCACUGGGUGCCAUCGCAGCCUCUGGCCCCGUCGCUCGUCUCGUAUCUCCCUCUGCUGUGCUCACCAACCGUGACGCUGGAGCGACAAGCUUCACGCCACCCCACCUUGUCGACCGUGCACGAGAGCCAUCUAGCUCUGAGUCAACGGAAUCUUCCCAAUCUUCCUCACAAUCUUCCUCAAAGAAGGAAAGCAGCGACAGCAAGGGCGACGACGAGAGCUCCAGCCAAUAUCACUCCGAGUCGAGCUCAAGCAGCCAGCACUCCGAGUCAAGCUCACCGUCACAUUCAUCGGACUCUGGCGACCAAUCUCCUUCCAAAACGUACGGCGCUUCUAGCUCGCGUCGCGAGCAGACCAGCCAGGCCGACAGCAGUCAGCGCCAUUCAGAGACGAGCAGCCAGCGCUCGACUGAGGAGGAACGUACUACCCACCAGCGCACGUCUACGGCCGACCAGUCCACCUACUCGCGCGAAAGCGAGAGCACCAAAGAGGCCACAUCGACGCGUGACGAUUCCUACUCGACUGCUCGCAAGGAUGCGAGCCGCACGAGGUCGUCCCCGUCAAGUACCGUGACCGCAGCGCCUGAGAGCACUACCUCCUCAUCGGGACGUCACGGCGGACAAAGCAGUGAUAAUGGCGGUGACGACGCCGACUCCUCCACGUCUUCAUCCUCGGGCAAAGGCGGAGGCGGCAUUCUCGGCGGCCUCGGCGGGGGCGUCGGCGGCGCACUAGGUGGCGUUGGCUCCGUCGUAGGUGGUCCCGUAGGCUCGAUCCUGGGAGGCGCCGGUGGUGCAGUCAGCGAUGCCGGUCAUGACUUGGACAGUGCCAUCUCUGGAGUCUUUCGCCCUUCGACCGCAUCGCCCACCGCUACAUUCUCUCACGAUUAUGAUGGAGGCCACGGCCACCACGACUCGACGGUGACAAGCGCGCCAGGGUCGCAGCAGACAGGCGGCUACGGCAAUGGCGGUCAGGGCAACGGCUACGGCAAUGGUGGUCAGGGCAACGGCUACGGCAAUGGUGGACAUGGUCUCGAUGGCGGCGAUGGCGGUGACAGUGGCGAUGGCUCAUCGUCAGGCUCAUCGUCGUCUUCUGGACACCACGGUAACGAUGGUAUUCUGGGCGGUCUUGGCGACGGUGUUGGCGGCGUUGUGUCCGGGCUUGGCGGCGUUGUCGGCGGCCCAGUCUCAGCCGUUGGCGGUGGCGUCGGAGGAGUGGCUAGCGACGCCGGCCAUGACCUCGGCAGUGGACUGGGUUGGCACUCCAGUACGUCCAGCUCGUACGAUCCUUCGUCGACGGGUAGUUCGGGCAACGGCCACAAUCAGGGCAACGGAUAUGGAUAUGGCAAUGGCAGCGAUAAUGGCCAAGGCGACGGAGACGAUCACGGUCACAAUGGAGGAGGAGGUAUCUGGGGCGGCUUGACGAGCAUCCUGGGCGGCGGUGGCGGUAAUGGUGACUACAGCUCGUCAUACUCGGCCACACCAACCUCGACUCAGAACAGCGACAAUGGCGGCGGGGGCGGUAUCUUCGGUGGCGUCACGAGCAUCCUUGGCGGUGCAACGAGCGUCGCAGGAGGUUUCACCAGUCCUUUCGGCGGAGGCAACAACCAGCCGUCAAGCACUGCAACGUACAGCCAGUCAAGCGAUAAUUAUACGCCCUCUUACUCGGCCUCGAGCGCACCUACGAGCCAGCCUACAUACAGCUACCAGUACAGCGAGACUGAGGACCAUCAACCUUCCUCCAUCGUCUUUUCACAAGCUACUCAAACUGAACAGCGUCCCACUACUACUUUCGACUCGGCGCUGUCUACUUCUGACUCUACGCCCACGCCAACCAGCACUGACAAGCCUUACUGGUACGCUCCCACAUCCGCCCUUUAUGUGCCUGGGCUUGGAGCACCUAAUGCUACCUCUUCUUCGACUUCCGCCUCCGACGCCGCGUCCUCUACGGCUUCAUCUCCUUCUUCCACCGCCUCAGCCGACGCAGAGUCGUGGCCCUCUGCUAUCUUGCCUGGCAUGGACAGCCCUGCCCAGCCUCCCGGCACAGAGACGGUUUCAGUUCUGUUCAAGCCGGCGAUGAAAUGGACUUGGAUGAUCAAGAACCCCGACACGACGGCGCAGAUCCUCGCUUUCAUGCCUGAGCUCUUCGCUCAGGCCACAGGAGGUCAACCCAGCGACACGACGCUCAUCAGGCUCGAGUCGUGGAGUGAGCCUGCCUCGUCUAGCCGUCGUCGCCGCGACACCCCCGACACGGGUACGACCAAGGACGCUGAUGCUCGAACGCUUUUCGUUGCCUACUACCCGUCGCGCCUCGUGCCUAAGCUGCAGGCUGCCAUCGCGGACACUUCCAGCCCCUUCUACACGAGCAGCACCGCAACCAACCCCGCAGCUAAGGAGCUAGCCGCAGCUGUCGACUCGAAGUGGGACAUUCUCAGCAAGGUCCCCGGCGCGGACACGUCUUCUAGUACCAGCAGCGGGCAAGGCUCUGAUUCGUCCGCGCCCAAGAACUCUGGCAAAGGGAACGCCUCGCAGAGCAAUGGAGGCAAGAACAACACGCUCCGCAACGUCCUCGUCUCCAUCGCCGCCGCCCUUGUCGCGUGCAUCAUUGGCCUGCUCGUGUACCGCUUCUACCGCUCGAAGCGUAAGGCCCGUGCCGCUCUCAUCCGUCACGCCUCGCAGUCUCGCUCUCGUCAUCAUCGCUCUCAGGACGGUGGCCUGCGCGAGACGUGGGCCCCUUCCUUCGAUGAGCAGCGCACGGCCAUGCAUGGCCAGUAUGGCGAGCAAGGUCUCACGGAAACGUGGGCCUUCCAUGAUGAUGAGGAGGAAGGAGGCGAGGGGCCACACCGCGUCACCCGUCCGGAGAUGACUCAACGCUCUCGCUCUUACUCUGACUCGCCGUACCAGGAUGUGCUCGUCAGCAGGAGCGGCAGUGGGAGCGGCUUCGGUGACCCCUUCGUUGACGCUUACGGUAUCUCGACCAACCGCGCUUCGAGAGAGACAGAACGUAAUGCGCAACGUCACCAGCGCCACCAGUCGUACGCGUCUCGCUCCGGCAGUGGUAGCGGUAGCGGCAGCCACAGCGGUAAUGGCAGCCGUAGCCCCUCCUCCCCCACCGGGUCAGGCUCAGACGGAUCCCGCAACUCGGUCCGCUCCAACGAGACGACGAUGACUGAAGCAGAGCGUAUCCGUCAAGAGUACUUCGCUCGCGGAGGAGAGGAUGUCGAAGGCUCUCCUUUCGCUUCUUCGGCAGACGACUAUGCUGGCAGCUCCUAUGGACACGGAAGCGCCGCGCCUGCUAUGCAGCAGGUAGGAGGCAGCUCGCUGUCCAGCCAUCAAAGACUGUACUCUGCCACUGCCCCUCAGGGUCAGCAACAGCAGCAGCAGCCGCGAUGGGCUAGGAGGUCAAGCAGCAGAGACAGCUUCAGGUCUAAGCGCAUCUCCCAACCUGAGAUGGUUGGAAAUUCCCUCUUCCUCGAAUAG